CCCUGGUGGUGGUCAAACUUAGGUCCUCAACCAUUUAACUUACCUUCCACCAAUUCAGUUGAAUGUGAGAAGCCCUGCUAAUUAAAUGAAAGUAAGAAAAUUAAUUUGAAUGGUUUGUAAUUAUAAUUGAAUUGGAGCUUUUACUCGCACUAUAAUUGCCGUGAAAACGUGAACUGAAAACCGUGAGUAAUACGAUAGCUAAGGCAGAUUCUCUACUUGGGAAGCUUAAACCAUCUGUAGCAUUCAUUUACACCUUUUGAACUAUUAUCUUCAGGUUUCGUAUAAUUUUAAGGUAUUUACGAUAAGGAUCAUCUUGUUAGGACAAAGCGGUGCAAUUAAUUCAAUUAGUUAUUUCCUUUUUGCAUUUUUCAUUUUUUUUUCUAUUUAAACAGCUUAUUUUAUUCGUGUGAUCGAAUUAAUUGCAUUAUCGAAACUGAAGCCCCUCUGCUUUUUGAAAACUGUUUUCUUAACAUUCGAUAGUUUUGCUUCUUGACUUAUUAUUUUGUCGAAGUUCGUUUAUUCUGUCUUCAUUGAACAAAUGAAAUUAUAAGGUUACUUCGUUUCGCAUUUGCGUUCCAGGACAUCCUAUUCCAGUUAUUCUUCUGUCCUUUAUAUUAUCGUAUCCCAUUUAUGCGACGACCAUCGAUUGUUAGAUCCUCUCUUUCAUUUUCUUCUUUUUCUUGGCAAUCCAGCUUUGCUGUAUAUCAAUUAGACUAAUCAAUUCUUAUCAUCAAGUUUCGGGUGAAUUUCUAUCUUCAUUUUUCUUUUUUCAAAAAUGCAUCGAAAUCAAAGCAUUAUCAUUUAUUUCUUCUUUCUUUGGGUAAUGUCUGUGGUUGCUAACCGCCAUGUUGACAAAGGCAUUGUUGCCUUGGACGUUGUUCCAAGAAGUACGGACUUUUCAUCACCGAAUCCUCAUUUACAAAAAAGGUCCUCCGGGAUUGUUUCCGAUGUAUCCACGUUUCCAAUGAACUUUCAGAGUUUCGCCUAUUAUACUACUACAUUAUGUAUAGGCCAGCCUGCAGUUCCCUACGUUGUGGCCGUCGAUUUGGAUAUGCCUUACACCUGGCUUACUUAUUACAACGUAUUGUCGUUUAACCCAACUUUUCUGGGUAUUGAUGUUGAGGGUUCUCAGUGGAGCAGUGAUGAACUUCGUUACUUCCUCUGCGAUAUCAAUAAAAGUGACUCCUGCUAUACUGGAAACUCUUCGUUGAGCUUUUCCUUUAUGACAGAUCCCAAAACUUAUUUGAUUAAAUACGACGAUAACAUUACGGUUGCUGGAGUUAACGUUCAAGACUCUCUGGUGUACAGUCAUUAUCAUGAACUUAAUAACUUCCAAUUUGGUAUCACAUUGAAAGAAUAUGUUCCCGCUUCUUUAUUACCAUACAAAGGUGUUUUAGGUUUAGCCGCACCUUCUGAAAUCAACAGUAUUGACUUUGUGGAUUCUAUCUCCAGUUUUAAGCCACCCACAUUUUUGGAUCAGUUGGUACAAAGUGAAAUUUUAAGCACGCCAACAUUCAGUUUAUCAUUCGAUGCAAGUGGAAACGGGACGUUGCUCUUAGGUGCUGUAGACGGAACGAAGUAUACUGGGCCUUUAGUUACUCACAAGCAAACACGCAGCCGUCAUUAUUCGACGACCUUGUACUCUGUACAGUAUACAAAUUCUACUUUCUCUGCAAAUUACUCGCUAGUGGUUGACGCGUUCCUUCAAACACGCGAACUAUUCAUCUAUUUGCCUUAUGACAUAUCAUAUGCUUUAACUGAUCUUAUGGGAGGUUUCAUUGCAUAUGGUUACCUUGCAGUUCCGUGUAAUAGCUUUGACGAUAGAAGCGGUGUCAACUUUCAGUUUGGAUGUAAUUCGACUAUUUUUAUGAAAACUUCCAUGCUUGUUACUCAAAGAAUUGACAACAUCUGCAUUUUGGGUAUUCGUCCCACAUCAUCAUCACAGGCUGUAUUAGGAUUGACUUUUUUUCGAAGUGCAUAUACCGUGUUUCAUCAAAAGGCAAAAACGAUAUCCAUUGCUCAAGCCUAUUAUAAUAUGAGUACAAAUUUUACUGCAAUAUUAGACGAACAUAUUCCGGGGGCUAGUAUGUGCAAUCAGCUACCUACUAGCAGUAAACUCUCCGAAGUAGUUGAAACUUCGCAUUUUCCUCCAACUUAUAGGGGAAAAAAUCGGACAACUGCUGUAUAUAAUGAUUCGGGGGAUACUACACGUUUGCCUCCUUAUAAUGUAUCUUCCAUGAGAGGGCCUAUGAUUCAAUAUAGUUCUUCUCCAAAAAUAACAGCUUACUGGGUGCUUUGGGGAUUUUUAACUAUUUCAUCAACUGUAGUAAUGUUUGCAGUUUGAAGCAAAUGAGCUAUUUGGUAACGGUAUGACAAAAGAUAAAAAUUAUAGAAGUGGUAAUGAAUUAUGAUUUUCGUAUUAAAAUGAGAAAGGUGCGAGAAGGG